ACAGUGAUCAUUUUGUAUUCGAACUAAGUUCUUAAUAAUAUAACCAAAGAUUUUCACGAAACUAUUUAUUGUUUUUACGAUUUUCGUUAAUUAUUUUUUAGAAAAUGCUUCAGCCAAUAAUUGAAAAACUUUGCAAAAAUCGUGUGGUUUUAGCUAGUCAAUCUCCGCGACGAAAAGAAUUACUACAAUUAAUCGGUUUUAAAAACAUUGAUAUAAUUCCAUCAACUUACGAUGAAAAUUUAGACCCAAAACUAUACUCAAAUUUUGGAGAUUACGUGGAGGAACUUGCCUUACAAAAAGUCUUAGAUGUUGACAGAAUUAUAAAAGCAAAUAAUGAGAAAACACCCGCUAUGAUAUUAGGCUCAGAUACAAUUGUAACAAUGGAUAAUAAAGUGUAUGGAAAACCAGUAGAUAAAAACGAUGCAUUUUCGAUAUUGAAAAGUUUAUCAGGAAAAACAAAUAUCGUAUAUACAGGAGUCGUAGUGAAACUAUAUGAUAAAAUUCAUAAAUUUAGUGAUAAUACUCGAGUUCAGUUUGACAAUUUAAGUGAUGAACGAAUUUGGGAAUAUAUUGAAACUGGUGAACCAAUGGAUAAAGCAGGUGGCUAUGCGAUACAAGGGUUUGGUAGUACAAUCGUUGAGAAAAUAGAUGGAAAUGUACAUACAGUUGUUGGAUUACCAUUAUUUAAAUUAACCAAAUUUUUACUUGAACACUGUAACAAUGAAAAUGUAUAAACUAAUUUUUAAAAUAAUAGUUCAAUUAUA